GUGGAUCGUUGCUCAUUGUUGACUCUGGUCCUUUGUCGUCUCCGAGGGCCCUAUUUAUACCAGUUCUCCUCUCGCUGACGAAGUCUCUGUCACUAUAACCUCUCCAAACGUCCCCGAUCCACAAGCCUGUGGCGUUGAUCCAACAUGUUGAAGAUAUGGUCGAUGAAACAACAACAGCAGCAAGCUGAAAAUGCCGAAGGCGCCGCUGGCAAGAAGAAAAAGAAGGUCACCGCCGCCCAGCUGCGCGUCCAGCGGGAUCUGCAAGAACUCACCCUCGGAAGCACGAUGAAAAUGUCCUUCCCCAACCCCGACGACAUCCUGAACUUCACCCUCACGAUCGAGCCCGACGAGGGCAUGUAUAAAGGCGGCGCGUUCCAUUUCAGUUUCAACGUCAACCAGAACUUCCCGCAUGACCCGCCCAAGGUCAAGUGUACGCAGAAGAUUUAUCAUCCCAAUAUCGAUCUCGAGGGAAAUGUUUGUCUAAAUAUUCUGAGGGAGGAUUGGAAGCCCGUGUUGAAUUUGAAUGCGGUUAUUGUUGGCAUGCAGUUCCUCUUCCUCGAGCCGAACGCUUCCGACCCCCUGAAUAAGGAAGCGGCCGAUGAUCUCCGCCAGAACCGGGAGACGUUCAAGCGGAACGUCCGGACGUCGAUGACGGGAGGUACCGUCCGGAGCGUGCAGUACGAGCGCGUGAUGAAAUGAGAGCCGCAUCGCGCUUGUGUGGAAUAGAUCGAUAGAUCGAUGGCGGCUAAGCAUCAGUGGCCCUACAGGACUAGGGUUUGGAGUAUCAACUCGGAUAUCACAAUGGUUGAUAUGUUCGGGUCGGCAUUCGGACAUAUGCAUAUGGGAUUGGAGGUGCUUGCGCUUUUGCUUGAGACCUUUGCAUUACAUUAUAUUAUGGAUUAAUUAGCGACUGGAUAGAUUCUUACGAAAGAAAUGACU